GCAGUCACAACCCGACCCAGCAAGCAACCCACCUCUCCCCAAGGCUAGCCGCCCCCUCCCCCCCCACCCUCUCCGGCGAUUCAAUCUUCUGUUGAAUUAGAGCUCUCUGUAUAUAGAAGCAAAGACGGCCAUGGAGAACGGUGAAAUUCCGGAAAACGCCAAUGAACAUUGCCCAGGUCCGCAAUCAGAAUCAGCUGGAAAAUCUGACGACUGCGAAGGAUGCCCUAAUCAACAAAUUUGUGCUACAGCUCCUAAAGGCCCUGAUCCAGACCUGGUUGCGAUUGCCGAACGAAUGGCGACUGUGAAGCAUAAGAUACUGGUCUUAUCAGGGAAGGGUGGAGUUGGCAAGAGCACGUUCUCGGCCCAACUUUCGUUUGCCUUAGCAGCUAUGGACUUCCAGGUGGGUCUUCUUGACAUUGAUAUCUGUGGCCCAAGCAUCCCGAAGAUGCUUGGCCUGGAAGGUCAAGAAAUCCACCAGAGCAACCUCGGUUGGUCUCCGGUCUACGUGGAGUCCAAUCUCGGUGUUAUGUCGGUCGGUUUCAUGCUUGAGAAUCCUGAUGAUCCCGUUGUAUGGAGGGGUCCCCGAAAGAAUUCGCUCAUCAAGCAAUUCCUGAAGGAUGUGUACUGGAGCGAGCUUGAUUUUCUGGUGGUUGAUGCUCCUCCUGGAACCUCAGAUGAGCACAUUUCGAUUGUCCAGUACCUUAACGCUACUGGAAUAGAUGGUGCUAUCAUAGUUACAACUCCACAACAAGUCUCCCUGAUAGAUGUACGAAAAGAAGUCAGUUUUUGCAGGAAAGUCGGACUUCAGGUUCUCGGGGUCGUCGAGAACAUGAGUGGGUUGUCCAAUCCACUGAUGGACUCAAAGUUUUUGAAGAUUACAGAGACCGGUGAGGAAAAAGAUGUCACAGACUGGGUUAGGGAGUAUGUGAGAGAGAGAGCUCCAGAAUUGUUGAAUGUCAUAACUCAAACUGAAGUUUUCGAUAGCAGCGGGGGCGGCGCCUUGAAAAUGGGUAGGGGAAUGGGAGUUACGUUUUUGGGGAAGGUACCGUUGGACCCAAAGCUCUGUAAAGCAGCGGAAGAAGGCAGAUCAUGUUUCAUCGGCGAGAACUGCGGGGUGAGUGCUCCUGCAUUGAAGAAGAUCAUAGAAAAACUGAUGGAGAAUCCGGGGAUAUCAAAAAUGUUGGUGGAUGAUGUUGCAUAGCUGAUUUGCUUGCUUUAUUGGAGUGAUCAAGAUUUUUGUGUCGUCAGAUGUGUAAUAGUUAUAUUUGUCGUUGUUUUGAUUUUCUUAGUUAGAUCAAUAAAUAACAACUCUUUUCUCUUA